AUGCCUCCAGCAAGUAAUGCGAUAAUUUGUACUAGCAUACCAGAAGGUUCGUGUAUACCCGAUCAAGCUGGUUCUUUGAUUGUAAACGAUCAGCUUUGGGGUUUAGUGUCCUGGCAUUUAGACUGUGAUUCGAAUAUAAACCCACAUUGUAUCGAUAUUUUACGACCGAUAAAUUUAUUGGUAACUACUGGUGUAAACAAUCAUGAAUCUUCACCAAUUGACCAUGAAAUAGAUGCUACCGUUAUACAUCCCUUCUAUGAUCGCAAUACAAGAGAUUUUGAUGUAGCUCUUAUAAAACUUCUGCAACCAAUCGAUCUGAGUGCCUCCAAUGUGAACUCUAUUGAAAUAGCAACAUCAAGUUAUCCAUUUGAUGCUGGUACAAAAGGCACUCUAGUGUAUUGGGAACUCGGUGAGGGUGCAGGGCUGUAUCAUACAGAGAUGCCUCCAGCAAAGAAUGCACUUAUUUGUACUAGCAUACCAGAAGGUUCAUGUAUACCCGAUCAAGCUGGUUCUCUGAUUGUGAACGAAGAGUUAUGGGGUUUAGUGUCGUGGCAUUUAGACUGCGAUUCCGAAUAUAAACCAUUGGUUUUCACUAAUUUAGUGUUUGUUAAGCAUUGGAUAGACGAAAAUACUAGGCAUAAUUAA